GGGAUUAUUUAGUAAGAAACAAAAUUUUUCAUCUGGCAACACUGUUAUGGCAAAAACAUCCAAAAUGAUGGCAUAAACAUUAUUAAAAAACGUACAUGAAACCGCAACCGCCCAGCUGGUGCACCGCUGCUACCGACGAGGACGUCCGCCCGCGCCGCCCAAUCGAUUUUAGCGCCCGGCGAGGGGAAGCGCAGCGUGGAAACUCAGCAACAACGCGGCGCCGCCAUUGAGAAAGCGAAAAGAAGAGCGUGUGCUCCCGCACACAACAAGAAAAACGCAACGAAAAAGGGAGUGAGAGAGCCGAUUCGAGGUCGCCGGAUGUGAAAAUGUCGCAAGCAGUGGGAGGAUCAGUCGCCGGACUGGAGGAGCUGGCACCUGGCAACAACUCGAAACUGCCGGAGGAUCUGCAGGACAACGACACCAACAGUCUGGAGCCGGGCGAAGUGGUGACCCCGCCCCAUAAUCAUCCGGGGAGUCCCGCCCUCAAAAAGCAUCUGUCCAAAGACCUGAUGAUUGGCAAAACGCUGAGAAAGAUACCCAGUGGCAUGCUGGAACCGGCACGCAAAGAAAACGGCUCGAUGGGAACACCGCAGAAGCAAUCGGAGGAGGCAGACGACAGUGAAGGUCUCUACUCGGACUCGGAUUCCUCGGGGGAGGAUCUCAAGAACCUGGAGGAUGUGCAGAAGGCCAGGAAGGAGAAACAGGAGGAGGCUGCAGCCGCCGCCCUUCCGCAAGCACCGCCCACGCCCUUCCUGGGCAUUAAUCCUUUGAGAUUCCAUAUGAGAGCACCCUGUUUUGAGUUCCCCCGCAUGGGUUUUAUGCCCCGGAUGGCCAGGGGCGGGCCCAGGGGCAUGCGACCGCCGUUUUUCGGACGCUCGCCCACUCCCAACCGCAUGGGAUCACCCAUGAUGGGUGGGCCGCCAGCCCAAGGACCUCCGCCGGGAUCAUAUGGACCACAGGUACCACCUGGACAAGGAACUAACAGCAAUACAGGACGUUGCAAGCGACCCCAAUCGGAUUUGGUAUGGACAGCCUUGCAGCCGCCCCUGUCAUUUGUGUUCAAUCUAGUUUCCGAGUGCUCGAAUUUAAAGCAUGAGAAUUGCAGAUCCAAAGCGGAUACUGCAGCACCCAAAUCCAAAGAAGCCACCAGCGAAACAAAGGACAAGUCCACAGACCAACCAAAUGAGCAAAAUCGAUCCAGGGGCAAGACCAGGGAAAAAUCCCAGCACAGAGAUGGCGUCAAAGAAAAAACCAGAAAAAGAUCCCGAGGAAAAACUAAAGAGCGGUCCAAGGAAAGGGAUUUAACCAGAGGAAAGACAAGAGAAAAAUCAAAGGACAGGGAUUUCAGCAGAGGGAAGACAAGGGAAAAGUCAAAGGAAAGAGAUAUAAAUCGAGGGAAAACCCGAGAACCCUCCCAAGAAACGAAUCAGGCCAGAGAAAAAAUAACGGAUAGAUCGAAGGAUAGAGAUCAAACUGGAGGUGAAACUAGGACGUCAGCAAGGGAAAAGUCUAAAGUAAGUGCUCUAACUAGAGGAAAAACGAAAGACCGAUCCAGAGAGAGAAAUCAAACCAGGGCAAAAACACCAGAAAGAUCCCAGGCCAAAGAUCAUACCAGAGGAAAGACAAAGGACAGAGAUCACACCAGGGCGAUAUGCAGAGAAAAACGUAGAGAAAACUCCAGGGAAAGAACGGGAGCUAGAGACAAGCACAGAGACUUUUCCAAGGAAAAGCUAAAAGAACAAUCUACAGAGCUUGCUGAGAAAUCUAGGGAUGAAUCCAAAGACAAAUACAAAAAAAUGCAUGAGGAAAAUCACAGUAAAAAGCAGCGCGAAGGAUCAAAAGAAAAUGUUAGAAGACGAUCUAAGGAAAAAGUGCAUGGGAUAACCACUGAAAAAGUUCGAGAUAAGGCAACAGAAGAAGCGAAUCAAAAUAAAGAUACAGAAAAGCCAUCAGAACGUAGAAUAGAUAAACUGCCGGGACUAUUAGUCGAAACACUAGACGAACGUUUCAAAGAAAAACAAAGAAAGCGAUCCAGAGAGAAAUCCACAACAAAAUGCUUAAAAGAUAGCGUUAAGGAAAAAUCCAGAGAGCACUCGAGGGAAAACCCAAAGGAAUGGAAAGAUGAAAAGGGUAUAGAUAGCUCCAGGAGAGCAGCAACUCCGCAUUAUUCCGCAAAUGAAAAUACCAGGGAAAUCGACCACAAGUCAAAAAAAAUGGACCAGGCCAAUUCUUCCUGGGUGGAGAGGGAAGGAACUCCUCCAAUGACGCCUCCUCAGGUGCCACAGACUCCACCUGCUGAAGCUUUAAAGCCCAAGGGGUACGAUAUUUUUGCCGACUCACCUCCAAGAUCAAUCACUGCCGUUACAGCCCCAGCUGUAUUUAUACAAAGGAGCACUACGCCCCCCUUAAAGGCGGCUCCUGUUUCCAAACCCGAUAAACUGGCCCCACUGCUCAAGGCCAGCGAGAUUCACAGCAGGAUUGGCGCCCUGCUCGAGGACAGUGACUUGCAUUUGGAGGCCCUAUUGGCUACCAAAGAGCAGCUGUUCCGCCGCACUAAUGAAUACAAGGAGAGGAAGGAGGCGCCCAAGAAGAUUAAAACAGAACCUAUGCCAAAUAGUAGCAGUAGGAGAUCUGGUAGUGACAGGGUAGUGGUGGACCACCAUAACAGCCAGACAAGACAUGUAAAUCCGUUCAAGCGUGAAUCAGUAUUAAGCGAAAGGAAGUCUUCCCCGCGUCCGUCGAGCAAGGAGAGACGACUUCAGACAAACGGCAGUCAGAGUGAAGAGGAUUGGGAUGAAGACCUUGAGAGAGGCAGACAUGGCAGUCGAUAUCAACCAAGGCGCAGUGAUAAGUACAAAGAAAUCAGCAUAAAGAUUGAAAAGGACCUGACGCCACCGCCCCAACAACCGGCCCUUGCUGUACCCACCAUUAAGAUCGAACGCAAAACCACGCCCCGCAGGGAGGUGGAGCGUGAGAUCCUGGUCAGGAAUGGCGCGGUGGCGGCCAAUGCACCUCCACCAGCAAAAGAGCAGGAAAGUCCUGAUACGGAUGACUACAUCGAUAACUGGGAAAACGACGAUUCUAUGGCCAGUAUGCCGAAGAACGCUCCGCCCGCUACUCCGACUCCUGCUCCGACUGCUGCUCCCAAUCUCCAUCACAAUGCCUCUCUUAAUGCCACGCCCCUGCCUCCGCCAGCUACUCAAUUCAAUGGCGAUGAUGAUGAUUCGAAUGCUCUGUGGAAUGCCAACAGUACACCACCUCCUCGGGCCAAGGAUGCGGACCUGCCCACCAGCAAUAUCCAUGAGUUAUAUGACAAAUUCAUGAGUAGUAUUAAGAUGUCCAACGAGGAUUUGGAGACGGAAACGAAAGCGGAAACCCUGGAGGCCUCCAAGAACAGUUCCUUGAGUAAUUCCACUGCCGAUGAAAGUUCCUCGGGCACUGAGACCUCCUCAACAAGUAGCAGUAGUAGCGAAUCCGGCGAUGAUUCCAGUUCAGAAGAAGAAGAUGCCAAUGAGGACUCUUCGGGUGAGGAUACACUCCAAAAUUCGGAUAACUGCAAAGCCAAUCUAGAUGAUAUCCCUGGAAAAGAGCAGCAGCAAAAGAGGAACAGUGUCAGCAAGGAUCUGCGCAAGCUGAAAAGUCUCGAGGACAAUUUGGCCAGGAUUCAAAUGAUGCGGGAGAACUACGACGCGGGCGAUGAGAUUUCCGAGGAGCUACUCAAAAUGGAAUCCCUAUUUCUCAUGCAGCGCAAUGCCAUCAUGGAUAAGUAUCGCAAACAGGAGCUGAAGAGCAAUGCAAGUGAAGAUCAGCAGCCAGUAGACGAACAAGAAAACCUCCAGCAACCGGUGGAGGUUAAGCAGUCCGCUUUUCCCGUAAACAACAUCUUCGACGCCAAUCGUGAGGCAAUCAAGCUGACCAUCUCCCCUCUGAAGCUCACAAGGAAAUCGGCAAUUUUCGAUAAGGAUGACCAAGAGCAGCCCGAACAGUCGAAACUCGGCGAAGAGCCCCCUAAGACAGCGCUGCAAAAGCCACCCAAAGAGAUUGCCAUUGUUAAGCCCACGAUUGUCAAGUCCCGAUCGAAGCCCAGGAUAUUGAGGAGUCCACCGCCGCCGGCAGGGCACCGUCGCCGGUCUCGUUCGCGUUCUAUCUCCAGAAACAGAUCACGCCGUCGCGGGUCGAGGCCCAAGUCUCGUUCCCCGAGCCCCAGACGUUGGCGUCCUCCGUCGCCGAGAAGAGGAUCCAGAUACGCCAAGAGGAUUGGAGGAGUAACCGUAGGAGGCAUCAAAAUAGGGCGAAGUCACAGCAGGAGUGUGAGUAGAAGUCGUACGCGCAGCAGAAGUCCAAAUCGACGGAGGCGACUGCCACCGAUCGUUGGGAACAGGAAACGUGGUUCUUUGUCUCCUAUCCCAGCAAAAAUGGCUGGACCUCGGUCACCACCUCCACCGCGCUCUCAUCACUCGCUAAGUCGGGACAGGGAACGAGAUCGGGAGCGGGACCGAGAACGGGAACAUUUCUCCCGCUCACGAUCACCGCUGCCUUUCAAGCCCCCAUCGCCGCCCAUGCGACGCAGCUGGUCCAAAUCCCGCUCACCAACCAGAAGGAGAUCCUACUCCAGGUCAAGAUCCCGCUCCAUAUCGCCGAGAGCUCGUUCACCCACUGGCGGAGACUUCAUGAACUAUUUCGAGGAAAACCAGGGAAUGGAAAUGGAAGCGGCUGCCUACUACUACAACAUGUCGCUGGCUCAACAGGAGGAUCAGAAUGCGAUGGGUGAGGGCUAUGACAUGUAUGCCGCCUACAUGGACUCCGCCUACAACAUGGAACAGGCCUAUGCCCAAUACUCCGAAGACUACUCUAGUUCCUAUGGGGAUUAUAUGGGUGAAAUGGUCAGUGCAUCCUCACCUCAGCCACCGGGUUCUGUACUUAGGGAGCUUCCCAUGGCCCCAAUGGUUCCCAUGGAAUCAAUGACUCCUAUGGCACCGAUGGUUCCAAAGGUGCCGAUGGUUCCCAUGGCAUCGGUGGUGCCGGUUGCAGUGCAAAAGGGAAACGUUUUGGAGAUAGUGCCCUCCGGUGAGGACAUUAUGGAACCGGAGGAGAACCUACUGGCAGCUGCAAUAGAGGAGCCAAUUGAGGACAAAAGUAAACCCAAGCGAAAGAGCGUGAACUUCGUGGACAAUGUGCUGCCCACUUACGAGAGCGAUAACGAAGACCGCGCUGUGGUUGGAAUGGCGGUGGAACGAGCUUUGCGGCAAUACCAGGAGCGUCGCUCCCAAGCCGCCGCCAAACUGCAAAUGAUUCGCGACGAGCUGCUUAGUAUGCCCCCGCCACCGCCGCCUCUGACACCCAAGCCCGACAAUCUAGAGAAGCCCGUCUUGGUGCAGAAGAAGCCCAAGUUCCGGUACUUUCACUUCGAUCCCAUCAAAGGAGCAAUAGUGAAGUCUCACGCACGAAUGCUACGUUCACCCAGCCGCCCGCCCUUCGAUCCCAAGCACUUUGCCAUGCUGAUGAAGACCGGACGCCUGCCACAGUUUCCGCCCGGAUUCCUGCGACACCGCCCGCCAAUGAUUCCCGCGCAUGUGGAUCCCGCCACGAGAUCGGCCAUGCUGAAGGAGUUCUUCAGCAAGCAUCCGCCACCACCGCUGCCGAUGCCAAUGCCGGAUGGGAUGCCCUAUUACCUGAGUGGACCGCCUCCAAUGCCAAGUGGAGCUGUACUCUCUCCGGUGCCAGUUAACGUGCUGCCGCAGCCUAUUCCCGUACUGGAUGGAAGUGGCUAUCAGGGCUAUCCACAGCCGGUUGCCAUGGUGCCAUCGCCAGUUCCGGUUCCUGGUCCUGUUCCUGCACCCGUGCCGCUACCUGUGCCCGUGCCCGUGCCUGUUCCAAGCAACUCUACGCCACCUCCCGCGAUAAUAGCUCCCUACUUCACACCACCACCUCUACCCGAGCUGCCAAUUCUACCCGAACUGCCCUCUCAAUUCAGUGUGAGCUCGGUGCCUACCAUUACGGAAAUCAUGCCAGUCGAUAUACUGCAAAAAUUGGGACCUCUGCCGAAAACUUUAGACGUAGAUGAUGGAGGAGGAAUAUGCAGUCCGGAGGAAGCGGGCAACGAUCUCAAGGAGGCGGAAGCAGAGCCAACCGAACAGCCAGCGGUGGACGUUAAGCCGCAGCUCCUUGUGGAGUCCCAGUAGUCGACCCAUAUCCUGAUAGUUUGAUUAUUUAGCCAAUAGUUUCUUUAGAUAAUUUUCUCUAAUACUACAUGCAAAGUCCUUUAUCCUUUACUUUAAGAUUUACUUUUUAAAAGUUUUGUUUUUAAAUUUUGUUUAUUUGACCAUUUUGUAAACAAAUCGCAUUUAUUGAUAAAAGUCUUGCUAGGUUUAUUGAGCUCUAAGUUUGUAUGUCAUUUAUAUAUGGUUCCACUUUGACCCAAGUUCAUUGAUUUCUACAAGAAAAUAAAAUUGUAAAUAGUUCAAUGCGCUUAAGAAUUAUACAUGAAACACAACAUUACACAACAUUUAAAAUAUAAUUGAGUCAUUUAUCAUAACGAAAUUCUUAACGAAAUAAUCUAAUAUUAAAAUCUUUAUGAGUCGAAUGCGUGUGAGAUUUAUAGUGUGGCGUGAAACUAUAAGAAUUUGUUUGAAUGUACAAAAUACAGCAAUGAAUUACAAAUACUUAA